AUUCCUCGCACGGAACAUUUCAGAUACACCUCUUCACGAACAUCUUUGGAACCUUCCGAGUACGGGGAGGAUCGAAGCGACAACGGUGGCCAACGCCCGCACUUCACUGUGAAUGUUGCAACGGCACCUCGUCAGAGCAAUGUUGCUCUGAUUAGUCAAAACAUCGAGGACAAUUACAGUACACGAAAGAACAUCGAUAAUAUGUCUGUGUCUUCUACGCUAAGUACACUCUCGGGCUGCUCAUCAGAAUCUCGCCCUACACCGUCGCAAAUCCCGGUUCUGCCACCGAUUGACUACGACGACCCAGACUCGGGAACCGGUGGCUCGGAUAGCGAUGUUCAAAGUACGCCUUUCGUUGUGCUGGUCUGA